GCAUCAUCACCGAAUCUCCUGGAAACUUCUCACAUGCACCAUGAACAUCUCUCACUUCCUGGCCUUGCUGCUCCCAGGAUCCUCACAGGGUCAAAACAGGAGCAAGUCAAAGGGCAUCUUGUACAACUUCUCUGACCACUGCCAGGAUUCUCUAGACCUGAUGGUCUUCAUUGUUACCUCUUACAGCGUUGAGACCGUUGUGGGGGUCCUGGGCAACCUCUGCCUGAUAUGUGUGACUAUUAGGCAGAAGGAGAAGGCCAAUGUGACCAACCUGCUCAUUGCCAACCUGGCCUUCUCUGACUUCCUCAUGUGCCUCGUCUGCCAGCCACUCACAGCUAUCUACACCAUCAUGGACUACUGGGUCUUUGGCGAGGUCCUUUGCAAGAUGUCAGCCUUCAUCCAGUGUAUGUCGGUGACGGUCUCCAUCCUCUCGCUUGUCCUUGUGGCCCUGGAGAGGCAUCAACUCAUCAUCAAUCCAGCGGGCUGGAAGCCCAGUGUCUCUCAGGCCUACCUGGGGAUUGUGGUCAUCUGGCUCAUUGCCUGCUUCCUCUCCUUGCCCUUCCUGGCCAACAGCAUCCUGAAGAGUGUCUUUCACAAGAACCACUCCAAGGCUUUGGAGUUUCUGGCAGAUAAGGUGGUCUGUACUGAGUCCUGGCCACUGGACCACCAGCGCGUCAUCUACACCACCUUCCUGCUGCUCUUCCAGUACUGCAUCCCCCUGGCCUUCAUUCUCUUCUGCUAUGUGCGUAUCUACCAGCGCCUGCGGAAGCGGAGGUGGGUGUUUCGCAAGGGCGCCUACAGCUCGCAGGCUUGGCAGAUGAAGCGGAUCAAUGGGAUCCUUGUGGCGAUGGUGGCUGCCUUUGCCGUGCUCUGGCUGCCCCUGCAUGUGUUCAACAGCCUGGAGGACUGGUACCAUGAGGCCAUCCCCAUCUGUCAUGGCAACCUCAUCUUCUUGGUAUGUCACCUGCUCGCCAUGGCCUCCACCUGUGUCAACCCUUUCAUCUAUGGGUUUCUCAACACCAACUUCAAGAAAGAGGUCAAGGCUCUGGUGCUGACUUGCCAGCAAAGUGCCCCCGUGGAGGAGUCUGAGCAUCUGCCCCUGUCCACAGUGCAAACGGAAGUGUCCAAAGGCUCUCUGAGGCUCAGUGGGAGGUCCAACCUCAUGUAGCCAGGUCUGCGGCUUCUCCCUGCUAUGUUCAUUGCCAGGCUCCUUCACUUAGCUAAGUGGGCAUCCUGCAAGCUGAGGGUGGCGCUCUGUCACUACUGGCUUUCUGGGGCCCAAAUAGGCUGACAAGAGCCUGUUUUUGCAUCCAUUUGCAUUGUGAAGCCUGACAUUCAGGUGGUUCAGCUCUUUAUUCCUAGGAGAAUUCUGAGUCUGGAUUCUGCGGGUCACAGUAUGCCUUACAACUUGAGCAGUUGCCAGAGCCGGAGAUGGUCUGCUUGUAGCAGACAGAGUUCAUUCUGAUAACCCAGCAACAGAUGCCUAGCCUGGAAACCCAUGGGUUUCACUUCCACCAGUGAGACUGCGAGGGCACUUUGGGGUGAGGGAAGGAGCACGAGGGGUCAGAACUCUGGACCUUGGUCGGCCCCUACCCUCUGUGAGAGAUGACGUUUGUGGAAAGGCCUUGGAAGUGGUAAAGAAUGCUAUAGAGGCAAGACAGUGGGAUGACUGUGACAUCAUUAGCACAUCCAGCUGCAAAGCACAGAACCUGGUAGCCUUGGGUCCUCACACUCCUCUGCGGUAGGAAAAGUAGUCCUGUGCAGCAGGAAUUCCAGGAUUCACAUCCUACUCCAUCCUUUUUCUCUUUCACUGCAUCUGCCACCUUGUAUGGAAAUCAGCUUGCAAGUAUCUCCCUUGGUAAGAUUGUGAGCACCUUGAGGAUGACAUCUGUAUUGUCACAGAGCUUCUGUCCUCCGUGCCUAGGACAGGCCCUGGCACAGGGACAGGGUUCCAGAAAGGUUUGCCAUGGUAGGCUGAUGGUAAAGGUGCCCUUGCUGAGUGCUCAUCCAAGGACAGGCACCUUGUGCCAUGGUCCUGUGUGGGAAGGGCUCAGGCUGCUGCAGCCACAUUCUCUUGCCUGCCCUUCUUUGCCUCCUGGUACCUCUCUUGACAAGGUAGCUGGCCAGGGACUCUGUGACCCUCCCAGUGUUGACCCAUUGCUGAGGCUUACAGUACUCAAGGCCGUGAUUCCAGGCUUCUUCAUUCCACACUCUGGCCACUUGGCUGACCUACCCCAUGUGAUGUGUCACGGUUCUUCCAAAGCCUCCCCAGGACUUUGGGCCUCCUAGUGGCCUUCAAUAGUGGCAGGGGCAAGGAGUUCUUGGAGUGUGGCUUAACGGGGUGCUGGCUGAAUGGAGCAGGAGGUCUUCCUUCUUCCGGCAAGCUGGGGAAAAUGGAGAAAAGGCUAGACGAGCACGACUGUCUCACUCAUGGAGGUCACGGCCCGGUCUUCUGGAUGCUGAGCAAGAUCUAAGGCUUCUUCUUGUGUGGACCAGAGCGCUUGUCCUUGCAGGGAAGGAAAUGUCAGGAUUGCUUGUGGGCCACCUCAGACGGGUUGUCCAGGCCUGGCUCUUCCUGUUCAGACCCAGCCCUCCUCCAGCAGAGUGGACAGUAGCUGGACCCGCCAUGGCCUCCCAGGGCAGGGUAUUCAGGUGCCUGGAGCCCUUGAGAGGCCUCACUGUGAGGCCCCUAGGACUGGCUCUACAGGGGGUCUGACAAAGGGCCAGGCAGCAGGAGAUUGAAUAGCCACAUCUGACCAUCUCUCUGGCCUGGCCCCUGACCGAGAACCUGUGCAGCUGACACCCAAGACAAGUGCUCUUUGAGCGACCAGCUCUCUUCCUGGAGCUGUUUGUUUUGUCCCAGCUUUUGGUCACAUCUCCCAUUCUGUUCCUUGCUUCACCUGUAUCCUGGUUUUUUGGACAGAUUGUUGAGCCACUCUCUUGGAUGCAGCUUGCACUUGUCCUCUGAUGCCAUCUGCUGCUGGCUGCUCCAGGGAACCACCUGCCAGCAAAGCCCAAACCGUGGGACCCAUUCAAGCAAGAUGUCAUUGACAAGAUCCCCAAGGAAUUGGGGGCCUCAGGCCCCUCCAGAUCCCAUGCAUAUGCCUGGAGUUUGUUUCCUGUCAGUUAUCUCAGUGGUGCCAAGAUGCUUGAGGACGAGGGUGCUUUAGGGUGCUGGCAUGCUGGAGGACUCGGGGACCAGGCUGGGCAUUUAGUGAAGGUGCUCAGCAUUAGGAAUUGGAGUGGUGGGUAGAAGCCUUGUUGAGCAUCUUCUGUGCUUCCCUCACCUUGGUUGGGUUGACACAGCCUGCUUGGAUGGCUGUCUCCUGCUUCCAGUUCCUAAUGCCCCUUGGGGUGGCCUGGUUAUCCAGCACCCUAGGAACUUGCCACUAGAGUGUACUCAGAAGACCAGGAGAGUCAGCAUCGCCUGGAGCUUGUUAGACCUGCAGAAUCUUGGCCCCCACCCCAGACCUACUGAAUGGGAAUCUGCAUUUUAUCAAGAUCUCCAAGUUAAUGGUGCACACAUUCGGGUGUGAAAAGCUCUGCUCUAGGAAACAUUGCACUGGAGCCUGGAGCCCCUCGGUGAGUGCCUGUAGACACCCACUGUGGGAUCUAGGGUAGAGCUUUAGGAAUCCUAGUUCUGGAGCUAUGGCCUUAAAAUGGUAUUGCUGAAAAGGUAGAUACAGUUUUGGUUGUUUGUCUCAUCUCUGGCCACAUGUGGACAUAUUUUUUGUGAAGCCUUUUUGUUCCUUCAAUAAAUG